AUGAGCAGCACUGGUAGGACCGUGUCAUCGUCCACCGUGUAUCAGAUCCGCAUAUACCGUGCCAACGGGUCGUACCACGUUGUGCGCAUCAAUCUUUCAGUAACUGUCGAGCAGCUAGCGCCGAUGCUGGGCAAGAGGCUACUUCUCGACCCGGAACGAGAGCCUCACCGGUUGUAUUUGAGAGAACGCGGGCGCGAGCGCGUGCUCGCACCGACCGAGCGGCCUGCUAAUAUCGUCCGUCGUCGGCUAGAACAAGCUGGCUAUGAUCAAGCAGAUGGGCUUGAUGUACUCGGAGCGGACGACCUCGCUUUCUUGCUCAGGUUCGUGUACAAGAGCGAGGUACUUGGCCCGGUUGCCGACGACUUGCAGAUCGACCAGUACGAUGGUAUAGACUUGACUGGGCGUAGUCUGCGCACUGUGCCUGUCAUGCUCUAUCCCCACGCGGAGGCCAUUGUGUCUCUCAACCUUUCGCGGAACCCGAUGCUCGAGAUCCCGCUCGACUUCAUCCAGUCAUGUACGACCCUUCGCGAGCUACGCCUCAGCCACAUGGCGAUGAAGAAGGUGCCACAAAGCAUCCGACGCUGUCGUACUUUGCAUCGCCUGGACCUCUCGUGCAACCGCAUUGUUGACUUGGAUGACGCAGGACUAGAUUGGAUUCCCGAGCUGCGUUCACUGAAGGUGCAGAACAACCGCAUGGCCGGUCUGCCGUUCUAUUUCCCACGAUUGCGCGCGCUCAAGGAGCUGAACAUCUCCAACAACAAAUUUCGCGAGCUGCCGGCAGUCGUUUCAGAAAUCACGAAUCUGGUCGACCUCGAUAUCUCGUUCAACAUGAUCGAGAAGCUCCCAGAGAAUACCGGGGAGCUACAUGCUCUCGAGAGGCUCAUCAUCAUUGGAAAUCAGGUCACCGAGUUUCCUGCGUCUGUCGCCGACCUUGCGAAUCUACAGAUGCUGGACUGCCGGCGGAACAAUAUAUCAGACCUUUCCCUCGUGGGUGUUCUCCCGAAGAUACAGCAGAUUGUGGCGGACCACAACUCGGUGCAUGCGCUUGAUAUCACGUUCAGCUCCUCACUGAAGCAUCUCGACGUCUCUCACAACGACAUCACGCAGCUAACUGUGAUCCCUGGUCCCCUACGUCAGCCUUACGCGCUUACUCAUUUGGACUUAUCCAAUGGAAAGCUCUCCGCGCUGGAUGAGCAUGCACUUGCCCAACUCACAGUACUCGAGACGCUGCGGUUCGAUCACAAUUCGAUACGGUAUAUACCGGAUUCGCUCGGAGAGCUGUCCCACUUGGUCCACCUGUCAUGCUCGAACAACCAGCUUCGUGCACUGCCGGAGACUAUCGGCCGGCUGCAGAAACUCGAGACACUCGAAGCUCACAACAACUCGCUGCCCGAGCUGCCCGCGACGUUGUGGCAUUGUGCUUCGUUGCAGCUGAUCAAUGCCACCUCGAACCUUCUCCAUUCCUGGAGGCUGCCGCCAUUACAUAGCAUGAACAUGAGCACGAACUCAAGCUCUGGCUCCUUAUCUGCGCGGAAGAUGUCCUCGAGUGGUUCCGUGACGACGCGCGUACUGCCGCCACUUGUGUUCUCUCUCGAGAGGCUAUACCUAGGAGAGAACAGACUGACGGACGACACACUGCAUCCUCUCGCAUUGUUGCAGGAGUUACGGGUCCUCAAUCUUUCGUUCAACGAGAUUCAAGAGAUGCCGCCUUCGUUUUUCCGAAAUCUUUCCCACUUGCGUGAAUUGUAUCUCAGCGGCAACAAGCUCUCUGCUAUCCCCACAGAGGACUUGCCUCGGCUAAUCAAGCUGGAGGUCCUGUUCCUCAACGGCAACAGACUGCAAACCCUCCCGAAGGAGAUCGGCAAGUUGACCAAUCUGACAGUUGUCGACGCGGGAAGCAACAUUUUGAAGUACAAUAUCUUCAACUGGGAAUUCGAUUGGAACUGGAACUUCAAUACAAGUCUGCAGUACCUCAACCUUUCGGGUAAUAAGCGACUCGAGAUCCGCACGGAUGUCGCCCCUGUCCGAGAUGACGAGAAACGCAGGGUGCUCGCAGACUUUUCUGGGCUAACCCAACUCCGUGUGCUCGGGCUCAUGGAUAUUACAGCGACAAACGGGGCUAGCAUACCGGACGAGAACGAAGACCGUCGGGUUCGCACUUCAUUAUCCGAGGUCAACGGCAUGGGCUACGGUAUUGCUGAUACUUUAGGGGUCACAGAGCAUCUCAAUAUGCUUGAUCUGGUUCAGCCACAGUUUCGAGCCAAGAACGACGAGGCAAUCUUCGCGAUGUUCGGGCGUGCGUCACAUAUCGGAAACAAUCACUGGCUUAACAACUACCUGCAUUCCAAGUUCCUAGAAGUGUACAUCAUCGAGCUGAAUCGCAUCAAGCCUGCCGUGGGCGAAGCCGUUCAAGAUGCCUUGCGACGCGCCUUCCUAAAGCUAAACCGACAUCUCCAUGACUUCCUUUACGCGAGCGCCAGUAACCGCAAGAUGUCUCAUGUCAGUACUUCGACGUCGAACCCUCGCGAUAUGAACAAACGGAGCGGGGCAUCAGGCAUUGUCCUUCAUCUUGUCGGCAGAAAGCUCUACGUCGCCAAUAUCGGACGAUCGCUAGCUGUCAUCUCUCGUGAAGGCAAUGCCACCCUGUUAUCGCGGAAACAUGAUCCGUUUGAUCGUCAGGAGACGUCGCGCAUCCGGUCUGCUGAGGGUUGGGUCUCACCCAAGGGUCUCGUCAAUGACGAGAUUGACGUUGCCAGAUCAUUUGGCUUUUACAAUCUCCUGCCAGUGGUCAACGCUAGGCCUCACAUAUCCGAAUACGACCUGACCGAGCAAGAUGAGUUCGUCAUUGUCGGGAACUCGGGACUCUGGGACCACGUAUCUUACCAGACAGCUGUCGACAUUGCCCGCACGGAGAGGGGCGACCCGAUGAUCGCCGCACAGAAGCUCCGGGACUUAGCCAUCAGUCACGGUGCAGAAGGGACAACGAUGAUUAUGGUCAUUGCCGUCGCUGACUUGUUCGGAGGUCCCGCGCGCUCUCGUCAGCCUACGAUGGAAUCUGUGAUUGAUACGGAGACGUACCUCUGGACGAAACGCCGAGGCCGAGACAACAUCACCAAUCGGGACAUCUCUCGUCUCGAAGGCGAAGUCCCCGCUCCGACGGGUCACGUCGCCCUGGUAUUCACUGACAUUCGCAACUCGACUCACCUAUGGGAGGUAAAUGCUGGUAUGCCAACAGCCAUGGUUCUGCACAAUAACCUCCUACGACGACAACUGCGAUUCUGCGGCGGCUACGAAGUUAAGACGGAGGGUGACGCCUUCAUGUGCUCGUUCCCGACCGCCAUAUCUGCGCUUUGGUUUUGCUUCAGUGUUCAGGUACAGCUCUUGCAGCUCGACUGGCCUUUAGAAAUACUCGAGUGCGAAGAUGGCAAGGAAAUCUUCGAUCUAGAGGGAAAGCUCAUAGCUCGCGGGUUGUCCGUCCGCAUGGGUAUUCACUGUGGCCAUCCCGUCUGCGAGCCGGAUCCUGUGACUGGUCGCAUGGAUUAUUUCGGUCCUAUGGUCAAUCGUUCGGCUCGUAUCGAAAGCAGCGCAGGCGGCGGUCAGAUCAUGUGCAGCGCGGAAGUCGUACGAGAGAUCAAAGCGCGCGUAUUCGAGACUGACAAACCGGAGGUAGAACAGCCAUAUGUGCGGCCCUCACAGGCUAUUGAUGCUAUCCGGCGGAUGGGGAUCGAAAUCGUUGAGGUCGGCGAAGUGAAGCUGAAAGGACUGGAAGUCCCGGAGAUGCUCUCCCUCGUCUAUCCACAGGAACUUGCUGGUCGUAAGACUCUUACCACCACCCAGUCGGCAUCUAAUCCAUCAGGCUCUCGAGUUCAAUUCAGCGUCGAACAGAUGCGCGAAUUGGCUCUGCUGUGUAUUCGCUUGGAAAUGCUAUCUUCAGGAAAUGUCGUUCGAUCAAGUCGAGACCGCCGAAGCACGUCGUCAAGUCGCUCCACCGACCCCGCAGAUGGCGCCGCCUUUGGAUCAUGUGAGCCGAAUGCAUUACUACCCGCCAUGGAGAAGGCGUCAGAUACCGAGCUCAUGUUCCUGCUCGAUUCUUUGGCUACGAGGAUCGAGAACGCCCUUACGAGGAUUACGGUUAAUCAACUAGGCUCCAUGAAGGAUGCCCUAGCAAAUGGAACUCAGGACCCUGCGCUCUUACAGCAACUGCUUUCCAUCAUUUGCCCAUAACGUUAUUUCCAAGAACGUCUUGUAGCUAUCCAGUCUGUAUUCUGCUGUCGUGCUCUCUUGCUCUCACUCGUUUCGGCUUCCAUCUUGUCAGAAUCAUUUUCACAUAUCCUUAUUCUUUAACCUGUAGCGCAUUGGGGUUUAGACGCACCUGUAUGGAAUGUAGUCCCAACAGUCAUUCAA